GAUGUGAAGAAUGAGAUGAAAAUGGAGAGAAGUUGGGGUAGUGUCAUGAAGAAGGCCAUGGUGCUAUUGCUCUUGAUGACCAUCGGAGAAGGAGACCCAAUCCCGAGGCAGUGGCCGGAGAGGUUCCACGCCGUUCUUUACAUGAACAUCAGCGAUGGACGGCUCCAGAUCACGGAUCUAUGGUACGACUGGUCCGCAGGGAGAAACGUCAACCUUAUACAAAAGCAGCUUGGGGAUCUGCUACACGAUGUCGAAUGGAACAAUGGUACGUCUUACUACUACACGGUGGGGCCCAACAGCACCAACGAUGGAGAUUGUAACGUGAGGGAGUUUGGGGUUGGGAUCCCGAGACCAGAUUUUCUGGAUGAUGCCACGUAUCUCAGGAUGGAAUACACGGAUGGAUUUCUAUGCAAUUUGUGGACCAAAUUGGACUUCAUUUGGUAUUGGGAGGACGUCCUCACCCAGAUACCCGUCCGAUGGGAUUUCUACGAUGGGAUAUCCAGCCAUGUGAUGAAGUUUGAAGAGGGUGUGGAGCUGGAUAAGUCACAAUGGCAGGCACCAUCAUACUGCUUCAAAACACUUGACAACAAUGGUACCUUAUUACUUCAAGACCACAAUAACAAGCAAUAUGUCCCAAACCAUGCCUCAUGAAUGCAAUGCUAGCCAGGUGAUCCUCUGUAACAGAAUUCCAUUGCAUUGCAUUGCAUUGCAUUACGCAUGCAUGAGUUCUUUCUUGUUUUAAUUUACUGUCAUAUUGAGUAUGUGAUGUGAAACUUUGGAAAAAUAAGAUUUGAUUGGAUUAUGAUAACAAACUGAAAAGUCUCAGAAUCUCAUGUUGAUAAAUUUAAGAGGUUACAUUGAACUAUUAU